AAACUAUGCCGUGCGGUCGAACUGUCAGCUAUGGUCACUAGCCAAAUAUUGAGAUUGCCAUCGAGAUACACCAGGAGACAGAUACCGUACCUCAAGCAAAGGCUACGGAGAAUUUCUCUCACGGCGCACACAUCAGCCCCUCAAGGCGAGAGGAGUACGACCCGAUUGAGGGACUUCCCGGAGUUUAAAUUGCCUACUAUGGGCCGGGGUGGAGGAUGGACUUACGGUUUGGCAGACGGAUCAACAACAGUUAACGGAGUACAGUUACCGGAAUAUCGUGAUCAGUUUACGGAGUACUUGUACGGUUCCAAUGGUAUGGAAACUGUCAUUGCCGAUCGCGCGCUCUCCGGGAACCUUGGAACCAAGACCCCAAUUUUUGGCUUUAUUGAUGAUCGGGACUUGGGGGUUUGUACAGGUACCUUCAUGUGCUGUGCCCUACUUACUAUUGCCCUCUGGAUAGUAUCUGGCUUUUUUUCUUCUACCGAAAGGAGCUGAGGCAAUUCAAGAGAAUCAUCCUCCCGAGAGUGCCAUGCCAGAGAGUCCACGGGAAGUAAAGGAGUAAAUACUACCUAGUAUGUAUAUUGCGAAAAGGGAUCAGUGGUUUACACGGUAAGUUAGCUUUGCCACCAUGGAGAUUUUGGUGGCCUGGGGCCCCUGGGAGAGUCAAAGAUUUCCACAUCAUAAGCUUCUGCCAGACCACCAGCUAGUUAGGUUUUUGAAGAUUAGAUAUGAACAUGAAA